GAGACCAAUUGUUUUAUUACGCUGUAACACGUAAAUUUGUGUGUAUGUGCAUAUCUUCGCCCGAAGAUUCCACAUUCAAGUAGCAAGGGCAGUACCAACAAAGCGUAUAGUAGCGGUAGUGGUGACUAUUGACAUCAGCUGCCUGUUCAUUUAAUCGCCAACUGCUGACGACAUCGGAGGUGUUUUUGGAAAUAAGUCAAAGAAAAUCAAAUUUGUGAAAAUCUAUAGACUGUGUUUUGCGUACCGGAAACCGUACGAUGAAGCUGUAUUUGGGAUUAUGUCUGGUGGCGCUUGCGGCCGGCAUUGUGGUGGCUGAUGAAAGCAAAGGACCCAAAGUAACCGAUAAGGUGUUCUUUGACAUCACCAUUGGUGGUGAACCUGCUGGACGCAUUGAGAUCGGUCUUUUCGGCAAAACCGUGGAGAAAACCGCCCGCAAUUUCAAAGAAUUAGCUGAGAAGCCAGAAGGCGAAGGCUACAAGGGCAGCAAAUUCCAUCGCGUCAUUAAGGACUUCAUGAUCCAAGGUGGUGAUUUCACCAAAGGUGAUGGCACUGGCGGUCGCUCCAUCUACGGUGAACGUUUCCCCGAUGAGAACUUCAAGCUGAAGCAUUAUGGUGCUGGUUGGUUGAGUAUGGCCAAUGCUGGCAAGGACACCAAUGGUUCACAGUUCUUCAUUACCACAAAACCAACUUCCUGGUUGGAUGGACGUCAUGUCGUUUUCGGCAAAGUUUUAUCCGGCAUGAACGUUGUACGCAAAAUUGAGAGUUACGAAACUGAUGGACGUGAUCGCCCAGUUAAAGAUGUUGUGAUCGCCAACAGUGGUUCCAUACCCGUGGAUGAGCCAUUCGCCGUGGCAAAGACUGAUGCUACCGAUUAAAUAAGUUAGCGCAGCCAAAACAUAUACAUACACAAACACAAACUUGCAUGUGGUACAACGUGGAGAUGUCAAGUACUGAGUUAGCUGAAGGCCCGUAAAAGUAGUUGGCGAGAUUAAUGUUAACAUUUGCAUAUUGCAAAAGUUGAAUAUAUACAUAUAUAUACUAUUAAGAGAUUGAAAAGCAAUUUUAUUAGUGUUAUAAAGAAAUGAAAACAAAAGCAAAGUUAAAAGUUUAAAUAAUUAAAAUACAAUAAACUUUUGAAUGUUUCCAAACACUUUCAAAAUUCACGAUAGAA